AUGGAGUCAAUUGCGCUCCUUUCUUUGGUAUUACGUGUACUGAAGGACAUUGCUGAUAACGAGUGCAAUGGGUUUCCAGAAGUCCAGGACGGACUAAGGUAUCAGACCUACGUCAACGACAUUUGUCUCGGAGCCGACACCGAGGAACUAUUAUCAAAGCUGCAGUCGGAGUUAAAAGCUGUUUUGGGACGGUCUGCACUUGAGCUGAAAAAGUGGUCGAGCAAUUCGCGCCGCGUACUCUUGGACGUUGCGGCAGCUGACCGCGUUUCAGACGUGAUCAACUUCGACGAUAAAGAAGGAGGUACGAUCAAGGUGUUAGGUCUCCGCUGGGAGCCAGUCAAGGACGUUUUUGGUUUUGAUGUACGUCCGGUCACCAAGGUAAUCACUAAACGAUCGGUGUUGUCCACUAUUGCCACAAUCUUUGACCCGAUCGGAUUCCUGGCUCCGGUGAUCUUUCAUGCAAAACACAUUAUGCAGCUGAUCUGGAAGGCUGAACUGGGAUGGGAUGAUCCGUUACCAGACGACCUAAUCAGGACCUGGAAACUGUUACUCAAUGACCUCCCAGUAUUAUCAAAAGUCGAGAUUCCUCGCUUUCUGUCGACAACCAUUACUUCCGACGUGCAGUUAUGCGGAUUCUGCGAUGCCUCGGAGCACGGGUAUGCUGCGGUAGCAUAUUUGCGAGUAACGUCGUCUCCAGGACUGGUCACCACACAUCUCCUCGGUUCUAAAACCAAAAUGUCCCCCAUGAAGACCAGCACUAUCCCAAGAUUGGAGUUAUGUGCGGCCGUCCUCCUGGCCCGUUGGUUGACUCGCCUCCUAACAAUCUUUGGUGAUCGACUCUGCUUCAACGGGAUCUUUGCAUGGUCGGAUUCCCAGAUAGUGAUGUCAUGGUUGGUUAACCCUCACACGUGCUUCAAGGUGUUUGUCUCGAACCGGGUGCACUUGGUCCGUCAACUGGUGCCGUCCUGCCGAUGGGGUUACGUCCGGUCAUCCGAGAACCCGGCGGAUUGCGCCUCCAGAGGGUUAUUGCCGUCAGACUUGGUUAAGCAUUUAUUAUAUUGGUCGGGUCCUGCUUUCCUCAAGGACAAUGUUGACACUUGGGACAUGUCGGUCUCGGCAGUGCCGAUUGAACAGCUCUCGGAAGCGAAGGUCACUUCGCUAUCGGUCCAAAUCGACCCUGAGGGGGAGUGGUUUAGUCGAUUCUCCUCAUAUCAUAACAUGGUCAGAGUGGUUGCCUGGAUGCGUCGCUUUGUAGGCAGAGCCCGAAAACAGAAAUACGCAUCAGAGUUUUUAAAUCGCGAGGAACUUGAUGACUCGCUCAUCAUCUUAGUUAAACAAUCUCAAACUUGCUGGUUGUCCAAGCUCCACGUGGACUUAGCGCGCGGCCGUCCUGCCCAACGGUUAUUAGCCGGUUUGCGGCCCUUCAUCGAUACACGAGGCGUCAUCUGUGUCGGAGGUCGCUUGGCGCGUUCUGAUUUGACCAGUGCUGAAAAACAACCGAUUUUGUUGGCCAGGGAUUCCCACUUGUCCGUACUACUUGCGCGACACUGGCACUUGGUAACAUGUCACUCAGGACCUCGAGUAAUUACGUCAUUGAUCACACGACAAUUUUGGAUAAUAUCGGUGAGGGCUGUGAUUCGCCGCGUCAUCGGUCAAUGUACGAUCUGCGUGAGAACUCUCGCCCAAAGUCCUCACCCGGUGAUUGCAGACUUACCAAGCUCUCGCGUCCAGAUGUGUCGUCCGUUCACCCGGGUUGGCAUUGACUACGCCGGGCCACUGUCCAUGCGUGAGUGUCGUUUGCGUAAGGCCCGACAGUAUAAAAUUUACGUGGCGGUGUUUGUGUGUAUGUCGACUAAGGCCGUACAUUUAGAAGUCGUGUCCGAGUUGUCCACUAAUGCGUUCCUGGCAGCCUUCGACAGAUUUGUCGCACGUCGGGGCUUACCUCAUGAUAUAUUUUCCGACUGUGGCACCAAUUUCGUGGGAGCGGCAAAGUAUCUCCGCGCCUUGGUUAACGACCCGACUAUCCGCCACGUGCUAACUUCUCAUGUAUCGUGUGUUUGGCACUUCAAUCCACCCAGUGCACCGCACUUUGGUGGCCUUUGGGAGGCUGCGGUACGAUCAUUCAAAACCCUGUUGACACGACUCGUCGGUAUCCAUACCCUCAGUUGGGAAGAAAUGACCACCGUGUUGUGCCGCAUCGAGGCAGUGCUGAACUCUCGGCCGUUAACUCCAAUGUCGUCAUCCCCAAUGGAUGUGGACUAUCUAACACCGGGACACUUCUUAAUUGGCCAACCGUUGUUGGCAGUUCCAGACGCGCCAAUACCUGAAAGUUGCACUAGGGUAGUAAACAGGUGGAAGUUAUUGCACCAGUGUCAUCAGUCCUUUUGGCGCCGGUGGUCUACCGAGUAUCUGUGUUCCCUUCAAGUCCGUGCCAAGUGGACAGCUGAUGUGCCUAACUUGCAAUGUGGUGACAUGGUAGUAAUCAAAGAUUCAAGUCCCCCCAUGUCUUGGCGAUUAGGCCGCAUUAUAGACGUGACGCCUGGUAAUGACGGUGUAGUCCGGGUAGUAAAAGUGAACACGGCUACGGGGGAGCUCACCAGACCAGUAGUUAAAUUAGUAAAAUUACCUAUGGACCAGUAG